UUGUUCUGUUACACAGCAUUGACUUUAUACAGAGGAAGCUUUUUUCAUAUAUUCGAAUCUUUAGAAGAGCUCUUGUUAUAUCAUAUGAGAAAGAUUUAUAUUGUGUUCUUUGUUCUCUUCCUCUUCUUGCUAAUCAGAUUCUCAAGUUAUGGCAACGCAGCUAUAACCAAAGCAAGUCCUUUAUCAAUAGGACAAACUCUAACCUCUCCUGAUGGAUCUUACGAGUUUGGUUUCUUCAGUCCCAACAAUUCUAGGAACCAGUACGUUGGUGUCUGGUUCAAGAACAUCACUCCUCAGGUCGUUGUCUGGGUGGCUAACAGAGACAAGCCAGUCACAAAAACACCUGCCAAUCUCACUUUCAGCACCAAUGGGAGCCUUGUCUUGCUUCAGGGAGAAGAACAAGAUCUUGUCUGGUCUAUAGAAGAAACUUUCUCAUCUAACGAACUCCGAGGUGAGCUUUUAGAGAAUGGAAACUUUGUUCUUGCUGAUGAAGUUCCCGGAAGAAUCUUAUGGCAAAGCUUUGAGCAUCUUGGUGAUACUAUGUUACCUCAAUCAUCUAUCAUGUACGAUGUUCCUAAUAACAAGAAACGUGUUCUGUCUUCAUGGAGAAGUCUAACAGAUCCUUCACCUGGAGAGUUCAUAGCUGAGCUUACAACACAGCUGCCUCCACAAGGGUUUAUAAUGAGAGGGUCAAGACCGUACUGGAGAGGCGGUCCGUGGGCGAGGGAAAGGUUCACUGGCACACCGGAGAUGGAUGAUUCACAUGUGAGCCAGUUCAGCGUUUCUCAAGAUGCAGCAGCCGGGACAGGCUUUUUGACUUAUUCAUUACAAAGAUUAAACUCUAACAAGUCUUACACUACUCUAACAUCAGAGGGAUCUUUGAAGAUUCUUUGGCAUGAUGGCUCUGGUUGGGUUACAGACUUUGAGGCUCCAGUAAGCUCAUGUGAUGUUUAUAAUACAUGUGGGCCUUAUGGGCUGUGUGUGAGAUCUAAUCCUCCAAAGUGUGAGUGUUUAAAAGGGUUUAUACCAAAAUCAGAUGAAGAGUGGAAUAGAAGGAACUGGACUGGUGGUUGUGUGAGAAAAACAGAGUUAUCUUGUCGUAUUAACUCUUCUGUAACAACAACAACACAAGAAAAUGAUGUCUUUGACGUUGUUGGAAAUGUAAAGCCUCCAGAUUUAUAUGAGUAUCUAAGCUUAAUCAAUGCUGAGGAGUGUAGCCAGCGUUGUCUUGGGAACUGUUCUUGCAUGGCGUUUUCCUACGUUGAUCAGAUUGGAUGCUUGGUGUGGUAUCGUGAGCUUGUUGAUGUAAUGCAGUUUUCUUCUGGUGGAGAAGUUCUUUCAAUCCGUCUUGCAAGUUCUGAGUUGGGUGGAAGCAACCGAACCAUGAUUAUUGUAGCUAGCACUGUCAGUGUUUGUGUUUUCAUGAUCUUGGUUUUUGCCUCUGUUCGGUUCUGGUGGAGGAGACACAAAGCAAAACAAAAGGACACAACUCCUACACCCAUAGAGAUUUCACAAGAUGCAUGGAAGAAAGAGCUGAAGCCACAAGAUGUAUACUUCUUUGAGAUGCAAACCAUAUUAGCUAUCACUGAUAACUUCAGCAUCGAAAAUAAGCUUGGUCAAGGUGGUUUUGGUCCAGUCUAUAAGGGAAAGCUGCAAGAUGGGAAGGAAAUAGCUAUAAAACGUCUUUCAAGCAGCUCUGGACAGGGUCUAGAGGAGUUCAUGAAUGAAAUAAUACUCAUCUCUAAGCUCCAACAUAGAAACUUGGUACGGCUUAUGGGAUGUUGCAUUGAAGGAGAAGAAAAGCUAUUGAUUUAUGAGUUUAUGGUGAACAAAAGCCUUAACACCUUUAUCUUUGAUCCGACGAAGAAGCUUGAGCUUGAUUGGCCCAAGAGAUUUGAAAUCAUUCAAGGCAUUGCUUGUGGACUACUCUAUCUUCACCGUGACUCAUGUCUCAGGGUUGUGCACCGAGAUUUGAAGGUCAGCAACAUACUUUUAGACGAGGAAAUGAACCCAAAAAUAUCAGAUUUUGGAUUGGCUCGCAUGUUUCAAGGAACACAACAUCAAGCCAACACUCGCAGGGUUGUUGGAACUCUUGGAUACAUGUCUCCAGAGUAUGCAUGGACAGGAAUGUUCUCUGAGAAAUCAGACAUCUAUGCAUUUGGAGUUCUUUUGUUAGAAAUCAUAACGGGAAAGAGGAUCUCUAGUUUCACUAUUGGAGAGGAAGGCAAAAGUCUUCUCGAAUAUACAUGGGAUUGUUGGUUGGAAAGUGGUGGAGCAGAUCUAUUGGAUCAAGAUAUUUCAAGUUCAGGUUCUGAUAGUGAAGUAGCGAGAUGUGUUCAGAUUGGUUUGCUCUGUAUUCAACAGCAAGCAAUGGAUAGACCAAACAUUGCACAAGUCAUGUCAAUGCUUACUACAACGAUGGAUCUUCCUGCACCAAAACAACCGGUUUUCGCAUUGCAGAUCCAAGAGAGUGAUUCAGAUUCUAAGACUAUGUAUUCUGUGAAUGAUAUGACACAAACAGCUAUAUUUGGUCGAUAAAAAAAAGCUAGAUUUUGCAAAUGAAAAAAAUUGUUGUAAAGGUAUUUGAUGUUAAUAUGGGAUGUGUUGAGUUUUGUCUGAUGAUUGAUGCGGACACUUUAAUGCACCAGAGAGUUAAAAUAAGCUUUGACAAAGUCAAGUAUUGUGAACUAGGAUGUGGUCAACUUUGGGUGUCUAAAGUAGUACAAGACUCAUUAGUUUCUAUGUUUUAUAGAUGAAACUAAAGGAGCAUUGUUCUCUCACUUCUUUUAGUUCACCAAAACAAAUCUUUCUGUUCAUUCAUUGAAAU